GGUGCUUUGUUUUAAUACCUUUUGUUUUGAGUCAGAACAAAGGGUGAUUCUGAAUGCUUCACUUUUUGUUUAAUUAUUUAUUGUUCUCCUGUCUAAAAUAGAGGGAAAGGCUUAAUUUGGAGUAGUUAGAUGUAGUUAGAUUUUCUGUCUGCACUCAGAGAACAAUUUGAACUUUUAAAUAACUUAUCCACAUCAUAUCUAGAUCUAAAAUUUCCAGUACAAGGAAUAUAUGAGCAAUAAAAUAAACAAAGUAUAAACGCUCCCUUCCUUUUUGCUCUCAGGGGUUUUGGUUGGAUUAGGAAAAUAAAAAUGGGUCAGCUGUGUACCAAGUGUGUUCAAUUGCUUUAUGACUUUGCUGUCUCAGUGAAAACAUUGUUCUCAGGUUUGUUGCUUGACAUUAGAGAGUGUUUGGCUCAGAUCGCUGAUUGCCCUUGCCUAAAACGAAAAAAUGUUGAAAUGAGGCAGCUCUACAAACCUGUUAUUCGUCGCUAUGAAGAGAAAACUGCCCAAGAGUUUCUGCAACACGUUGAAAAAGGUUUUGAAAUGUCAUCACUUGGCAAGAUCUCUUUAGAGGCCUUGAGGACCUUGGCAUUUUCUGAUCAUCCUGGCUUGCAAAUGCUUGCUGCUCUCUAUUACCUACACAUAAGCCAAGACUCAGUAAACAUCCAUCUGUCCCAAGAGCAUUUGGAAGCAUAUUAUGCUUUGUUGAAGUCUAAUGAUUUGGAGGUUCAGCAGAUUUCAUCCUUAUCCCUGCUCGGUUUUUUAUUAGAAGGAAAUGUAACUAAGGAGCAUGUCAUAGAAAUGGAUUUACUUGAGCCAAUCCUAGAGCUACUUGAAUCGGAUGAUAUCACAGUCCAGGGUAAUUCCUGUGCCUGCUUAAUGAUGCUGGCUGACUCAGAGGCUUGUCGGAAUGCAAUUGCAGCAGCCGGAGGAACUAUACCCUUACUCUCCCUUUCUAAAUCGCACAAUAUUGGUGUUCAACAAAAUGCCGUUCAAGCUAUUUUCAACCUCACACGAUCAGAAUGGAUUCAAAGGGUUUUGGUUCGUCAAAGUGCUCUCCCAAUUCUCACCAGUUUAUUAGAGUCUCCUGACACAGACGUUCAGUACUACAGUUGUGCUGCUCUCAGCAAUGUGGCUACAAAUUCACAGCACCACAAAGCUAUGCUUCACGUUGGUGACAGGUUUCUUCUGCAGACUCUGCUUUCUCUCUUGUCUUCAGGUGUGGACAAGAUUUCAAACCAGGCUUGUUUUUGUCUCAGGAAUUUAGCCACAAAUGAGUUUGUUCUGACCAGUCUUGUUGCUAUGCAUAUCCAGUACCGUCUUCUUCCUCUCUUGACAUUUAGCAAUAAAGAGACUCAGCAGAAUUCAGUCAUUCUCCUCCAGAUAUUAUCCCAACACUCAGGCAACCAGAAAGAUCCAGACUUUUUGGCAGCAUUCAGUAACAGUGAACUGAAAAAGCACCUUGAUGAAAUCUGUCAACAAACUGAAAUGAUGCAAGAGCUUCUCAGUGUUGCUAUUGGACAUAUGGAGGCAUGA